UCCGUUGGCCUCAUCAUCAUCAAUUCCUUCCCCGGCAUAAAUCAUUUUCAUCUGCUUUAGAUUUUCAAUCUUAUUUGCAUAUUUUUUGCUUCCAAAGUCUGAUCGUUGGCUCUCUCAUACAGCGAGCUUCCUCCAAAAUAGGUCUUUCCUUUCUCCACCUCAAAAGGUCUUAUCCCGGAGUUUGGUGAUAUCUCGGAAGCAAAAAUGAACGAUCUAAUGACCAAAUCAUUCACCAGCUACGUGGAUUUGAAGAAAGCCGCCAUGAAAGAUGUGGAUCUGGAAGCUGGUCUUCCUCCCAAUGACGUAGAACUGAGCUCUUCAACAACCAACAUGGAUACUGACAUGGGUCUGUUCCUAGAAGAGGCAGAGAAGGUGAAAACGGAGAUAGGUCAUCUCCAAGAAAUAUUGAGCAGGUUCCAGCAGGCCAAUGAAGAGAGCAAAUCCCUUUGCAAGCCCGAGGCCCUAAAAUCCUUAAGGAACAGAAUCAAUGCUGACAUUGUCACCAUGCUCAAGAAGGCUAGAACCAUCCGGUCCCAGCUAGAAGAAAUGGACCGAGCCAAUGCUGCUAACAGGAGGCUAUCUGGCCUCAAAGAAGGAACUCCAGCGAUUUACAGGACCCGAAUCGCCGUCACCAAUGGACUCCGCAAGAAACUGAAGGAGAUAAUGAUGGAGUUUCAGGGACUGAGGCAGAGAAUGAUGACGGAGUACAAAGACACAGUGGGAAGGCGAUAUUUCACAGUAACAGGGGAAUACCCAAAUGAGGAAGUCAUAGAGAAGAUAAUCGCAAAUGGAGGCGAGGAAUUCUUGAGCAAGGCAAUACAAGAGCACGGUAGGGGAAGGGUUCUGGAGACGGUGGUGGAGAUACAGGACAGGCAUGACGCAGCUAAAGAGAUUGAGAAGAGCCUGCUAGAGCUGCACCAGGUGUUUCUGGAUAUGGCUGUGAUGGUGGAGGCACAGGGCGAGAAGAUGGAUGAUAUUGAGCACCAUGUGCUUCAUGCUUCCCACUAUGUCAAGGACGGGACUAAGCAUCUGCAGACAGCAAAGAAAUACCAAAAGAGUAGUAGAAAGUGGAUGUGUAUUGGAUUGAUACUUCUCCUGAUUCUCAUUCUCGUAAUUGUCAUCCCCGUCGCCACCAGUCUCAGCAGUUCUUGAAAUGAUGCCUUCAGGGGGUAAUUCUUAGGUGUUUUGUUUCAUUCUUCUUGGCAGUUUCUUCAAAGUUGAGCUGUACUUCGACCCAUCGUCGUUGGAUUGCCAGGAUUAUGUGUUGUGAUUCCAUGAAAUUGUUAGCUUGAGUUUUUUAUUUGAGUGAAUCGAUUGAUUAUUCUA